ACUGGUUCACAGUUCCGUCGCAUCGAAAAGUGACGUCACCAUCCAACUAGCUCGAAGAUGGCGAAGAAAACGUAUGACUUGUUGUUCAAAUUGCUGUUAAUCGGCGAUUCUGGCGUCGGUAAAACCAGUAUUUUAUUCAGAUUUUCAGACGAUGCAUUUACAUCUACCUUCAUUUCAACUAUAGGUAUUGACUUCAAAAUUAAGACUGUAGAAUUGCGUGGGAAAAAGAUCAAACUGCAGAUAUGGGAUACCGCUGGCCAAGAGAGGUUUCAUACCAUCACCACAUCAUAUUACCGUGGAGCUAUGGGAAUCAUGCUAGUCUAUGAUGUUACUGAUGAACGAAGCUUUGAAAACAUAGUAAAAUGGUUGAGGAACAUUGAUGAGCAUGCUAAUGAAGAUGUUGAAAAAAUGAUCCUUGGUAAUAAGUGUGAUAUAGAUGGUAAAAGAGCAGUUAGUAAGGAUAGGGGUGAUGCCAUUGCCCGGGAAUAUGGUGUUCCAUUUCUGGAGACAUCAGCCAAGGCAAAUACCAACAUUGACAAAGCAUUCAACGACCUAGCAACUGCCAUUCUGGAUAAGUUUGCAGGAAAGGAGCCGGGUGAUGCUCCAGACAGAGUCAUGGUUGAUCCGCGUAGAGGAGAUACUAGUCGAAGGAGUUGUUGCUAGGUUGCAUGACAUGUUCUGCAUGCCACUUUUUCAGCCACCCACCACUAGCAUUCAAGUAACAAAUUUUUCUCUUUUGGUUAAAUUCUAUUAAUCCUUUAAAGAAAAGUUUCAUCUUGUGUGGGUUACUGCUACUCCCACAUUGAUAUCGAUCUUGUCAAUGAAGAUAAAUUUAAUGUCUUCAAAUCUUCUUGAUUGUCUCUUCAGAGGGCUGACAUUGAGUCAUAUGGAGAAAGUGUUUUAUGUCUCUCAGGUGGUGGGAUUGGCUGUGAGUGUGGCAUCUGGGGAAAUGCUUGCAACAUAUACAGGAUUUCUUCUGAAAAUCCUUCCCAUGUGUUUUUGAAGUUGAUGUUGGGAUAUCGAGCGUUAUAGAGUACCUCCUCUUUUGAUGUUGGUGAUGCAUGGUCAGUCUUAAAAUUAAGCAUUACUAACAAUUUGGUAUAAUUUUUGCAAGUAAAAGUUAUCACAUCUCUGAGUAAUUUGCUCUGCAGUUAAGGUUGGUUCAUUCAACCAAAAAUUGAGGCAAGAAAAGCUAAGAAGAAAUCAAGUAGCCAGGUAAAUUGUCUAUUUUCUGUAUCAAAUUUUUCAUUCUUUCCCCUAAUCUUAUGAAUUUUUGUCCUUGAUUUAUGCUGUGUCUUGCAAUCAGCAUCACCAAUUAUCAUGAAAAGGUUGUUCAAUAACUAGCAUCCUUCUUGCAGAUGGUUUUUGCAUUCCCAUUCAUAUUAUGUAAUAGUUGAGGCAUGAGGCAAACACAAAUAAAGUAUAUAUAAAACAUAAAUAGCAAAUAAUUUUGAGGAAUGUUACUAAUCAUCAUAGGUUCUAGUCGUAAGGUCCAACAUUAAGGAUGGACUCAUGCCACUGUUCCCUAGCUGCCUAUUCAGAAGAGCUUGUUGGUCUAAAGAUAGGCUUUAGCAUUGCUUGUACAUGCAGUUAAUUCCUUGAGGUGAUAACCACUAUCAGUCUGUCUUUUGAGAGAGAUAUCUUAUUUUUAAUUUCCUUUAUUCUUAUUUGUAUGAUUAUUGUCUGCAUUUAUUACUUGAAAUGAGACAUUCAAAAGUAAUGCUUACAUAUUUGCUAUAUUUGGUUGCUUUGUUUGUAAGAUCCAAUUGUGGAAAGAAUCUCGGAAAUGAGAAAAUCCUCUCCUUUUCCCUUUGUUAGAAGAUUGUGAAGGCUAUUUCACAUUGGAAUUAUGCUUUGCUGGCCUGGCAUUUGAGUUAUGGUUAAGUUACUAACCUGUCCAUCGGGGCAUUUUAUGUUUCUACUGUACAGCUUCUUUUUACUUUAAUAUAUUUUUUGUUGAUUCAUAUGUUCAGGACAUGCACAAUAGAAUUUAUUAUUUGUCUAGUUUGUUGUGGAAGUUAAGUUCGAACCAUUUGGAUCUGUGAUAGAAAGCUUCCACAUGCGAUCAAAUACUGUUUUCCGUCAGGAUGUGAGAACUCAGUAAAUUUCCUUUUUUAAAUAAUAAGAUUCUUUUAGAAUGAGUAGUGCUUAUGUCAGCUCAGUCCUUUAGGUAGUGAUUUAAAGCUUUGCGACCAUUCUUAUGCAAUUUUUCCAUCAAUAAUUUUGCCCACACCACUGUAAUUUUUUAAGUGUACCUCUACACAACUUUUCAAGCCCCAUCCAUUAGGUGAAGUCUAUUCUGCAAUUUAGAUGAAAGCAGUUUGUGCAGGCUCUCUUUUCCUUUUGAUUUUGCGUCCACAGUUUCAAAGGAAUGUGAUACUAAUGUUGAAGUUUUGUGUCUUAAAGUAUUAUGAGCACUGGAGUAUCUGCCAGUAUUUCUAGGCUUAUUCCUCUAUCAAAAGAAUCAAUUAAUAAUGCUGUAGAACUGGCAUAUUCUCAGAUUGAUGAACUUGGAUUUUGGAAGGUGCAGUCAUUUAUUUAUACCCCUUCACAUUAUACAUAGGCAAUUGAAUUCCUCACAUGUUGUACAAGUCAAGCUGUUCCAUGGUACAGCCAUUGACAGAAAUUUUGUGCCUUACCUCCAAAGAAACUGUUUUUAGACUUAAUGCACCAAUGUUUGUGUUUAGUUGGCAUUCUGCCAAUCAUUCAUGAUAUAUAUAGUGUACUGUUUUAUAGGGCUGGUUAUGACUCUGCUAGUUUGUCUUUGGUCAAUCCUUGUUUAAGUGGGAAGGUUUUCUAGUUCUUUUAUUUUCAUAACAGCUGAUGGAUUUUAACUUGUCGCUUAUUAAUAAAAAAAAAAAAGAAGAGGAAAAGCAUGGACCAAUGGAAUGUUUUGGCUUUGUUUGAAAUUUCUGCAUCUUAAGUAUUUGAAUUUAAGUGCCUCAAUAUGCUUGAGCCUGUUUGGCUCUUAUUAUUUAUAGUUUCAUUUGGAGACUUGCUCCCAAUUCAAUAAAUUAGUCACAAUUUUUCUUAAUCUUUAUUUUUAUAUUUUGGGGCUCAUAGUAAAAGGAAUUAAUAUUGUUGACACGUUGACCUCUUCAAAUUUCACAUGGUGUUUCACAUUGGCUGCAGCAAGUAGUCUCACAGAAACUACUACAUCAGUGUGUAUAGCAAAUGUGCCAAGUACAAAUGUUAAGGGAAAAGCUAAAUUUUGUCUGAAGUAUUUCCAAUAGCAUAAUGGAAAAGCAGAAUUACCAUUUUUUGUUUUCAUUUGCUUACUAUUUGUAUGUUUAUCAUGGAGUCAUGGACUGUUCAAAGCCAAGUCAAGAGGCUGUCAUUUUCUUUUCCUGAUAUUUCUACCUAAUAGAGUUUAGGAAACCAUCAGACUUAUUUGCCAUGUGUUGCUACCUUUAAUAUGAAUUUCAUGGAGUAAUGCAAGUGGACUUAUGACUAAGACUUGCUUUUCUGUACCCAUUUUAAAACAAUUCUUGCAAAAACUUUCAUGGAAUCACUGAUUUUUUUAAUUUUAUAGUAUUAAAUGGAAAGAACAAUUGUCGGAAGCAAUUUACUUGUCAGAACUAAUUUUAGAACUAUCAUUCAACAUUUUUACUCAGGUGUGCCUUCUGUCUUCUUAAAUUUUUCAGUUUCUUCCAUUUGACAGUUGAAAUCUGUUGUUAAAAUUUCUUUAAAAGUUUCAAUACUAUGCACAAAACAUUCAAAACGAAGACUGAAAUUUGUAAAUAAUCAGGUCUGACACUGUGAACACGUCCAGUGCCACAUGGCCACUUGAGUGGUCAUGGGGAGUGACGAUUCCCCUGUUUUUUAAAAAACAGUUGCCAGUGAAUGAGUUAUUUACUUUUCAAUUCACAGUUUUUCAGUAAAUCUUCAAGUUUGUGAUUUGUUUUUUAAUGGUUCACUACAUAUCUGAUGACAAAAGAAUCAAUUUCUAAUCAGUAUGGUAGUAAAAUUUAGUCUUCGAGAAUGUAACUCUUGGGACUUUGUUUAGGUUAACAUUUUGUAUAAACUUUUUGAAGCGUGGUAAGAUAGGGUGAUGCUUGUUCAGUUUUAUAAGAGUUUAGUGCCCUCUCCCUCUCAAUCUUACAUUAAUACUUCUGUCCCUUUUUUUACAACUUAUAUGAACGGAUUGUAAGUUUCUGUCCGUGGCUUUCAUUUAUAAGUGAUGAUGUAAUUUCUGGUUCAUUUCUUUCCAUGUACUGUUUGCUGAGUAUGUAGCAACAAUAUUGGUAUUGUAUGGAAUCAAAGUUAAUGUUUUCUUUUUUAAAUUGUAUCUGACCAACAUAAUUUUUUGAUAUUGAGAUACACUUCCAGCAACAGAACUAGUUUUCAUAAAAAAUGCGGAACACUGAUCUGCCUUGGGUAAUAGUUGACAUUUUUAAUAUGCUAUUGAUAUGGUAAAUUUUUGAAAUAAAGAACAGACUAUGAUAGCA